UCCCAUCACUUGUGAGGACUCAAUCUUCUCCAGGACUUUGUGGAGCUCCAGUCCUGAUCAGAACUUUCCUCCACAGCAUUAGAUGACUGAGCAGAUGUCAGGGAAGGCUGCCCCCACAGGAGCCACCACUCUGUGGACUAUGCUCCUUGUGGUCUUCUCUGGAUGUCUCCUGACAGAAGCCACCCCACACCUCACCUACCACCGUCCUGCGCAGAGGGGCAAGAACUGGUGUGCUUACAUUGUGAACAAGAAUGUCAGCUGUACUGUCAUGGAUGGGACUGAGAGCUUCAUCCAGCCUCAGUACAGAUGUUCCUGGAACCAGAUCCCCUGUCAACCAACACUAGCCUAUAAGAUUGGCUUCCGACCUAGGUACAUAACAUCCUACAAAGUUGUUACUGAGAUGGAAUGGAGAUGCUGCCCUGGGUUUAGGGGUGAAGACUGCAAGGAAGGCCCUACGGAUAAGGCCAAACAGACCCCUAUACAAACCCCUCGGCCAAGUGGGGGGAAGAAAGAUCAAGAACCGAAUGGACAAAAGCAAAAACCUUUGGACUCUAAAAAAGAUUUACAAGAAUUAAAUGAAGCACAAGAGAAAAAGAUUCAGACUCUUGAGGAGGAAAUGCUCCGACUUACACAAUCUGUUAUUGACUUGCAAACCUCUUUGUCUGGUGUAAAUGAAAACCUGAAGAUCACUAUUCAAGAAGAUGCCAGUAAAUUUUUAAAUACAUGGCUCAACAACUUGACACCAACAGCCAGUGCUACUGGUGGUAAGACAGAGUACUACCUACCAGGGUUCACUGGGAGUGCUGAGAAAGAGGAUGGACUAAAAGAUCUAGUGUCUGAAUUAACAAAUGCCCGAGAAGAACUUCAACAGAAGACUGAUCAACUUGACGAACUAACCAGAAAAAUCAAUUUGUAUGAGGAACGUCUAAUAGGUAUUGAAGAAAUGUCCCAUCGUCCAACAGCCACAGCCCCGGAUUCUAAUAUAGAUGAUAAACUGGAAGCUCUGAGAAAUGAGAUGCUUGAAGGAAUGGACAGAAAAAUGGCUGACCUCAAAAACUCUUGUGAGUAUAAACUGAUCAAUGUUAAGCAACAAUGUGAAGAGAAUGAGAAUAGCUGCACUGAAGUUAAAGAUUUCAUUCUUGAAAAAGAGACUGAACUCCGUAAUGAAAUAAACAAGCUGAGAUCUCAAUUCGUAUCUGCACCAGAAAAUGGUUCAAACUGUUGCAAAAAUGACAUUGACGCUGCACUAAAGAAUUUGGGUCAAAAGAUUGAUAGAAUUGCUGAAGCCAAUGUGGUUCUUAAUGCUCGACUAGACAGUGAGGUACAACGUUUGAGCACCUUAUCCCCAGACCAGUCUUGGAAUGAAAAAUUAACUGAUUUAGAGUUUAAGGUCAAUAUUUCAGAAAGAAAUGUAGAGGAGCAUUGCUUCUAUAUUGAAGACACCUUGAGAGGUUUAAUAAACAGUAGUUUUGACAACAUGAGCAAUCGAAUAGAUGAGAGACUUCACUUACUGGAGAAUAGGUUGGGUGAUGGCACAGACAGUCAUCAUCCUGCUGACUCAGACAGCUCAAUCGCCACUUCUGUCUAUAAUGAGGUUAAUGACCUGAGGAAUGUGGUGCAGAAGCUGGACAAUGAGUUGAAAUCUGUUCUACAUGGCAAAGAAGGCUCUUUGAGCAACAUCAAUGACUACAACAAUAAUUAUGAAGUACUGGUUCAGACUCAGCUGGAUAACGCUCUUCUUUUAAAGUCCCUCACUGAUACAAUGAAUGAAAAAUUUGAGUUACUGCAAAACAAGACUUCUGAUUUAGAAGGAUUGAAAACUGAACUAGGAAUGGUUAAAUUUGAUUUAUACAGGAUUGAAGACAGUGUUGAUUUAUUAAAUGAUAAGUUUGUCUCAUUGAAAGACCAGGUACAGGACAUCAAUUCUACUUUCCUUGAUACUCAGCUUGGUCUGUCAGCAAAAGUUGAUGUUGUCCAAAAAGCUUUUGGUACUACCUCUGAUUCCGCUACCUCCGAUUCCGCUUCUAAAAAUGGCAACUGUUGUAACAAUCUCCAAGACAGUUUUGAAGUCCUAAAGCGUGAACUAACUUCUAACAAAGGGAAGUGCCCUGAAAAUUCUCAGGGAAUUAGGACGGAGCUUUCUAAUGUUGAUGCCAGAGUUUCAAAGUUGGAAAAUGUAUGUGGAAAGUUGGACACUAUCUCUGGCAGCCUGCAAAGGAUUAAAGAUGGGCUUAACAAACAUGUAACCAGUUUAUGGAACUGUAUAAACAGGAUCAAUGGGACAAUAAAAUCGCAUUCCAAUGACAUUUAUGGUCUGAAGAAUUCUGUCCAGGUGUUCCAGACACAGAUAACCAAAAUCACAACUGAUUUACAAGAUCUUACCAAGAGCAAACCAGGAGAAGGAUCCACUCCAAAACACACAGUACAAAUUAAGGUUAUACCUCCACCAAGAGCAACAGGUGAACCAAAAUACCCACAAGUUCCUCAAGAGCCAAUAUACCCCCAGGUACCCAUAGUUCCUUCAAUUCCUCAACAGCCUGUAGAACCUCAAGAACCUUUGUAUCCAACCAAGCCGAAGUCCCCAUCCCAGCCAGGACAACCACAACUACCUCUAGAUCCUAGCAACACAAAGCCAAAGCAACCACCAACCAAACCAGAGCCACCUACCUCUUCAGGGUCUGUUGUUAUACCAUUGGUUCCUCCCCGCAAUGGAGUCAUUUUAGAGCAUGGUCAAGCAGGCCCACCUGGUAGAAUGGUACAAACUGGAUCAGCAAGGCCACAAGGUGCUAAUGGAGAGCAAGAUAUGCAGAUGUCAAAAGGUUUUGCUGGAGCACCAGGAUAUCCCAAGCCAGCCAAAGAUACAAAAGAUGAAAUAUCAAUCCCUACAUUUUCAGAAUCUAGAGGAGCCAGCGCUACAACUGUCCAGUUAUCGUUCUCCGCCGGACUGACUGAAAAACCCAGCUCUUUAGAUGUCGGCUUCAUUCUCUUUAAUAAUGUUCUAGUUAAUGAUGGCGGGCACUAUAACCCUGAGACAGGUAUCUUCACAGCUCCCAUCGAGGGCCGUUACAUGAUCUCUGCAGUCCUCACUCCAGAGCAUGGCCAUCACGUGGAGGCCAUUUUAUUGGUGUCCAAUGUCUCCGUGGCACAGCUGGAUUCCUCUGGCUACAGACGAGAGCUCUUGGAGCAUCACAAGCCGCUCUCCAGUAGGCCGGUUUGCAGUGGAAUGGGCACAUUCAAUCUUAUUUUGAACUUGAGAGCCGGAGAUGAAGUUGCCAUUAUCUUGACUGGAGGCACACUGGCAAACUCAGACUCUGACGAAAUGUACUCCACAUUUAGUGGUGCCUUAUUAUACCCAACCACCCCCCUCAGAUAGCUUAAUUCCUAAUAAAGAGACAUUCAGAAGAGACAUUCAGGGCAAAUGGAUUUGAAGUGUUAAUAUAUACUAUUUGUACUAAUUGUGACUGAAUGUAUAAUAUAUGCUGUACCUCAUGGUAUGCACACUAUAUAAGAAAUGACUUUUGCCUUUCUGCUGACUUUUCUGCUGGUAUUUUUUAAAAUAUUCCUUAAAAAUGCAACUUUGUGCACUGUUCAGACUUUUUAUACAUUUUUUAUCAUCACUGAAAUGUAUUUUAGACUUUUAUAUUGUCCUGCACUUUUUAGGUCAGGAUCCUAAAUGCUUUAUUUAAUGUUCUGCAUGUACCCAUUUGUCUUUAUUUAAAUGUGGUACUUUCAGGAAUGUGUGUUCUAUAAAAUGUAAACUAAAAGCAAAAAAGAAACUAUACAUACAAAAACUAGUGCCUUAUGUCACCAAUGGUCAUAAAGAAAUGUUAUGAUCUGGGGUAUGAUAAAGGGUUUUCUAUGGAAUUUUCUAUAAAAAGUGAUUGUGUUUUAUCAAUUUCUAGGAAUUUUCGGCUGUCUUGUUGGGAAAAAAAGUGAAUGAUAUCUCUAGGGUUUUUAUUAUAUUUAAAUUUUUUUACAUAAUAAAAACAUAGGCAUAGCUAUAGCUGCAGAUCUGCAAACAACACUGGAUAAAGGGAAGGCAAAUACAUAUACAGUACUAGUCAAGCAUCUGAUUACUUAUGAAACCUUGUUUUUCACCCAGGAGCAAGUGUCCAAGAGGCAAGGCUGCGCUGUUGAAGUGCCAUAGUAUCACCUGCCUCCUCGGUUCCCCACCCCUACCUCUUACCUUGAUUGGCAUUCAGGGCUCAGCCUUCAGCAUUGAAGGGGUACCCCACUGGCCAGCAUUCGGAAGUAAAUGUCCUGAACGCUGUU